AUGGCGAACCGCGACAAGGGAGGAGAAAUCUAUGACAAGGUCGUAGACCUGACAGAAUAUGCCAAACGUCAGAGAUGGUGGAACCGCCUAUUUGGAAAAAACUCCGGCCCUGUAGCAGAGAAAUACUCUGUGGCCACACAGAUAGCCAUAGGCGGAGCUAGUGGAUGGUGUGCUGGAUAUCUCUUCCAGAAGGUGGGAAAAGUUGCUGCUACAGCUGUAGGAGGUGGUCUUCUGAUGUUGCAGAUUGCUCACAACAGUGGCUAUAUUCAAGUGGACUGGAAAAGAGUAGAGAAGGAUGUCAACAAAGCCAAGAAGCAGUUAAAGAAGGGCACUGAAAAAGCAGGUCCAGAGCUAAACACAUUUGUUGAGAAGUCCACGGAGUUGUGAAGAAAAACAUUGUCGUCACAGGUGGUUUCAUCGGAGGAUUUCUGCUUGGACUUGCAUCUUAGUGUCUGCCAAAUAAGAAUUGCUUGGGAAAAUGAUAAAUCAGUACUUUGUGUUUUUUUUAAGUGUUUUGACAUCAAGUCACCUAUCUCAGAUUAGUUUGUAACUAUGUUUAUAUAAGCUGCACAUUCUUUUGUCUACCUUAUGAUCUUCACAUGACAGGCACUUAAUAUGAAGCUCGACCUGUUGGUUUGACCAGAAUGGUCCCUUGAAAAGUACUCCCAAAAUGCAUGUCAUGCAACUUUUAAAAAAAGGUUGACUAUGCAAUUUUUUUGAAUUAUUUAUUUUUUACCAAACAGAUUGUACUGCAGUGGAAAUAAUUAUGUAUUGCUGUCUCAUGAACAUAAGCCAAGCACAGAUCAACAAAGUCAAGUUGGUUUAAACUUUCCUGUGCAUGUGUCCAUACAAUUCAACUGAGGGCAGAUGUAUAAUUUUGAACAUGGCAAUCAUUUCCACUUUUAAAACUUGAAUUGUAUUCUAAAGUGCUGAUAUGUAAUGGGUUUGUUAUGCCUUUAUUUAGAGGUGCUACAUGUUUGACAGGUUAUGUCAGCUUCCCCUGCAUCUCUUUUUUUUAAUGUUUUGUUUAGAAAUAAACUGAUGACUUAGGUCCUGAAGGCUGUGGUGCAUCUAUUAUGUAAAUUUCAUGAAAAAUAAAAACCACUCCAAAAGCUU